CUUCAAGCACAUAUUGUGUUUAAUUGGUAUAGAUCUUGUUUAAAUAUACAACAGGGUGAUGUUUUAACUGAACCAUAAGUAAUGAUAAAUGUAUCCAUUGUUCCUAUCUGUUGACGGUAACAAUGUACUUAUUGGAGAGAGAAAGAGUAGUAGUAUAGUAAUAGUAGUUAAUGAUCUAAACUUCAUUAGAUAGAAAAACCUCCCAACAUUGAUUUCUAGUUCUCCCAUUGCUGGUUUGAUAGGUUAUACGAUUAUCGAUCUCAGGCUGUUGUAGUGAAUACUCUGCCGUGGCUUGACUAUCCACUGAUGCUUGUUGAUCAGAACCAAAUUCUGUACCACACGAAACUCUUCGUUGAUCGAGUACUUCUACAUAAAACAUGUUAUAAUUCAGUGAUUACGAUAUUUGGAUAGCCGUCAGACCUGGUGGCUUGAGCGGAAUGGAAAGAGUCGCCUGACGGUGGACAACAGAAAUGGAACAACGCUUCUUCUGGUUCGUGAUUGGCGUUAUGGUCACGCUCUAUGACGUCAUCGCGGAGGAACCGUUCCAUCUGAAGAUAGGAAUCGUUAGUACUUGGAAACCCAUCUACAUUAAUUUGCUGGAGAAAACCAACCUUUCAUAUCCCUCCACAAUGUCAAACAUUGUUAUUCCCAAGCCGAAAUCACAGUAUGAUAAAAUGCUAAAAGUCAAGGACUUCCUUACCAAUAACCAAAUUGACGUCAUUCUUGGUCCAUAUGAUGACGCUACGGGCAUUGUAGCUGACAAAUUGAGAAUUCCAUACAUAUGUACAACCGCCGCUAGAAGCAACCUGAAAUAUACAUUCCAAAUUCUACCACCUUUACAGGACUUCAGUCAAGCCAUAUUUGAUAUGACCAAGAGCUAUGGCUGGGACAAAGUCAGCCUGUUUUAUGAUGACAUAAGGGGCGUGUACAUUAUGGAGCAGUUGUUGACCAAUCAUGAUAUGACGGUAAAAUCCUGGCAUGUUCAGCCUCACUCGAAUGACAAGGUUGUAGAGAAACAAGUAAGGGACCACCUAGUACGUAUGAGACAGGCCUUUGUCCAAAAAAGCAUCAUUUUCUGCUCCAAAGAUCACACUCAAAUCAUUCUGGACCAGGCUAGAAGUUUGGCAAUGCUAUCACAACCGUCUGAGUGGUUUUUCUACGAUCCGGGGGACCAGUUGGUUCCAGUAUUUAAGAAUUUUCCGGAUGUCUUUUUGAACUUCACGGUCUUUGGACUCAUGGAGUUUGAUAGCAGGAAUGAGAUAUCAACCGUGGACAACAUGCAGCGCCUCAACAUUAGUCUCGCGGCGGACUCAUUAAAGGUGCUAAAUGUAACGCUUUCAAGGGCCAAAGAGGUUCAGCGAAGUGAUACUGCCACAUCCAUUGCGGAGGAACUGAGAAAGAUUAGAAUUCCUGGCUACACUGGCGAUAUAGAAUUUGGUCCCGGUGGCAGACGAUACAAUUAUACCAUCAAACUGUCUGAGAUAGAGGGUCUUGAUUCUCUACAGGGCCACGAAUUUUCCAGCACAUCGGUUGGGGUGUGGAGGUCUCAUCACAACACGUCAGAAUCGCGUAUUCACUUUGAGGAAGUGAAAAGAUUAAACAGAAAUUAUUCCUUUCCUUUAAAAGGAAGAACAGUUUCUGUUGUUAUGAUAUUGGAGAAGCCUUUUACGAUGCAGAAGAGAGAUUACAUGCAGCGUUUGGGAAAUGACCGUUAUGAGGGAUUCGCUGUGGAUCUGAUUACAGAAGUGGCGAAAAUGCUUGACUUCAACUUCGAAAUUUAUCUGGUACACGAUGGCAAAUUCGGUACCAAAAUGGAAAACGGGGAGUGGAAUGGUAUGAUAGGAGAGCUGCUAGCUGGGAAUGCCACUAUGCUAGUUGCUCCACUCAGCAUUAAUUCACAGAGAGAGGAGGCGGUGGAUUUCACCAAGCCGUUUAUGACACGUUACAUAAGUGUUCUCAUGCGAGUUCCUCAGUCUGAACAAUCAUACUUUGAGUUCUUAAAUCCUCUUCAUAAAAACGUUUGGUACUGUACAUUUGGCGCUUUUGUGAUGGUAAGCGUCAUACUGUACUUUCUGGAAAAAUUUGGUAUACGCCAAAACAAAGAAUAUCCGGCAAUUUCAUUCAGAGAGAGUUUCUGGUUUGUCUUCGGAUCUCUGCUACAAGGAAAUACGGACGCAUCUCCGUCAACACUUCCGGGUAGAAUAUUAACAAGUGCAUGGUGGUUUUUUGCACUCAUUUUGAUAUCAUCGUACACAGCUAAUUUGGCUGCAUUCCUGACAGUCAAGAAGAUUAAUACCCCAAUAAAAUCAGUCACUGACUUGGCAUCUCAGACCAAAAUUAAAUAUGGUACUGUGAAAAGCAGUGGAAUUAUGUUUUUCUUCAAAAAUACAAAUAUUGAACACUUUGCCAAAAUGUGGGCGCAGAUGUCCGAGGUCGACCCAUCCUCUAUGGUAGACAAUACGGACGAAGGAUUCCAAAAGGUUAAGCAGGGAAAUUAUGCAUUCUUCUGGGACACAACUGUGAAUAAGUAUAAAACGAUAGAAGAUUGCCAGUUCAUGGAGAUAGGUCCACAUUUUGACCCGAAAGGUUUUGGUAUCGGUGUUCCCCCUGGUGCCAUCUACCGUGAGGACUUGUCUAUGGCCAUUCUGAAGCUUAGUGACACGGGGAUGCUUCAUCAACUGGAAAAUAAGUGGUGGCCUAGCCGCUCCUGUCCGGACCUGUCCAAACCGUCAGCAGACGAGACGUCCGAACUCAGCAUUGAUAGCGUGGCUGGAGUGUUCUUCAUUCUUCUUGGCGGUAUUGCCCUGGCUGGUAUUGUCUGUGCAUUUGAACACUUUGCAAAAGUCGUCAAGAAAGCGGCAAAAACGGUUGGUUUUCUUUUGUGUAUUCUUUUACACUUUUUCGUCCUGCCAAACAUCAACUACUGUGUAUGUAAACAUUUACGUCGUGUUUUAACCGUAUUUCCUAUUUUCACAUGCAAAAUACUUUAAUAGAUUGAAUAGAAUCUCUCCACUUCACGUUCAAAAAUCCUCUUCCUCACACUUUCAGAUAAAAGUUGUAAACCAAUGCUCCCUGUGGAUUCAGAUGAUGAUAGAACACUUUUAUUUCCGUUUAGCUAGAUGAUAAAAAAAAAUUAAUUACGGCCGUAGAAUAGUUUAAUUUUGAUCACAGCGUCAGUUAUUUUUCAUUAUAUUUUUCACAUGUAUGAUUAUCUUACGAACAAUGAUACCUAUAACAUAUUGAGAUAUAUAUCUAACGUUUCAACAGUUUACUAGUUACUGUACCAAUAUGUAUGAAUGUAUUAACGAGAUCAACAUCCAUUGUUGAAACAGGUGCAUUAAUCAAUUCAUUAUGCUACUUUGUACUACCUAAUAGUCUUUAACGUAGAACAAGUUGCGAUUUUUCACAUUACCACAUCAUUUGAACAGACAUUUGCUUAUAAGUAUACAUGUAGGUUAGUUCAUGUGAAACUACAAAACAUAGGUACAUCUAAUUAUCUAGGGGGAAAAAACGUACCUUAUAUUUUUAAAAUUUAAUAUAAAUGCAAUUUAAACUCACAAAAAUUGCCGUCAAAAUAGUUUUUUUUUAAAGAGGACAAGAAAACUCUGUCUAGAAGAGUUAUUUUCAUACAUUUAUUUCAUUCAUUCCUGUAAUAUUGUUUGCAUUGGGAAUUCCUUGCAGAUAUUCGCAACAUGAUCUUCACCAAUUAUACUUCAAUAUGACGUAAAAUCAAUUCUGUAAUAUUUUGAUAGGAAUUCUGGUAGCUCUGGGAUUUCACCAGCUUUCGAGCUAUGUCAAAUGAAUCGGAAUAGUUAAUAUAGCUUGUCCGUCUCAGGGGGACAUUCUCACGACAAGGGGACGACAAAACCGCCAAUAAAAAUCAACUGACAAAUAAUAAAUUGUAUGAUGUUUAAUUUCGAAAAAAGUGAGUUAUAAUUGUGAUUUCAAUUUAUCAUUUUAUUGACAAUUUAUUGAAAAUAGAUAAUGCGAUUGUGUACACAGGUAAUUGUAUUCGUUUGCUUUUGGUCGGAAAGCAGCAACAUCCAAGUGUGGGUUGUUCUAUAUUAUCGAAAAUGUCAGGGUAUGAUUAAUUUUAAAAAAUAACGUCUUUUGAUUUAAAUGCUGGGGAAAGAAACGGUAAACAAAAUACUGUCGACAAAUUAUCGAUGUUCAGCAUUCAGUUAACAUACAUAUUCGUUAAAGACUAUGAUUCAUCAUGAUGCAUUGUUUAAAGUUAAUUGAGUAAUGCAAUUAUACAGGUAUAGUAAAAUAUGCAUGUAUGUCUAAUAUAGCUACCAUAAGGUGAUUAUACUGUGAUACAUCUGUAUUUAAUCAUGUGGAUGGGUUGAGAGAAGGGAGGGGUGGAGAGUGAUAAAAUUCCCGACUUACACAUCUUAUUGUAUAAAGCUACCGUUGUUGUUUUUUUAAAUAGUAUUUUCUCUACUUCAUCGUUUGUCCUUAAUAUGCUGCAUGUUGCGAUCUUGCACUUUUUGAUCUCGCUUCACCUCGUUUGUUUGGAACCAAUGAUUUAAUUAGCAAUUUCCUUCUUUGCAGGAAAAAAGAGGUAAAAAAAUAAUGUUCCCUGCAUGAGACAGCAUGUUUUCUUUCCCAGUCCGGCUUAAAGAAACACUUGCCUUCUCUACGCUUAUAAUCUCAAACUAACAGGAAUAAUCUGAAAUUGUUUAUUUCACUAUCCAUUCAAAGACUUAAUUUAUUCAGGGAUGUUUGCUACAUAGUUUUCUUCAUUAUAUUGAGGGUAAGCGUUUGUACUGCAAGGACUGUCUAUUUCAAUAUCAGGAUAUAAUGACUAUGAUAUAUUUUCUUCUUUUCACUAAACAAUGUUAGUUUCAAAUACUAUAUUGCAUUGAUUCUUGAUAUCGCAUCUACAUUAAGGCUGAAAUAAACUCGAUGAUUAUGUAUUGUAUUAAGUGCAUUUUGAUACCGAAAGUGUAUUUUUUUUAGCAAUGAAAAGUGCAACGAUGCUGAAUAUUUCAGAAAUACACCUUCUAAACAUAAUCAUGUUGUAAAUACAUAUAAACUGUUAAGAGAUAUAUAAAAUUCAAUGCAGGUGUUAGUUGGUGCACUAAAAAUGAAAUCCUUCCAGAAUUGUCUUUGUAAGAACUCAGUUGCUGAAAAGACAUGUAUCAUCUUUUGUUAAACUUUUAUGAUCUAUUGACAUAAGUUUUGUUUUUAAAUCGAUUAAAAGACGUAUCAAAAUACAGUUGUAUGUAUUAGAUCUUCAAUUUUCUAAAUAACACUAUAAACGUUAGGCGGUCAAAGUACACACACACACACACACACACACACACACACACAUAUAUAUAUAUAUAUAUCGUUAGCUCGUAGAGUAUCCAAAAUGAUUCGCUUGCGUCUUAAAAUCCUGUUUGAUGAAAAAUAAGACGCAAUAAAGUUUUAUAAUGUCGAUAAUUUAGGUACACAUUAAGAUACAUCACUCCUACUUGAUCCAUAUUAUUUAAUUAAUGUCUGUCCGUGUAGAUUCCCGGACUCUCCGUGUGUAAAGUUUGGGCUAGGUUUACUGAUAUUUUGCCCUCUUCUGUGCAUGUCAGUGGACAAGUUACUAUUCUAUCUGCAUAUCCUCUCAAACCAUAUUUCAAAAGUACCAAUGUUAGAUAUCUCUAAUGAUAUUUGAUAUAUCAAAAUAUAUCGUAAAAUGUGCUGCAGAAUUACAGGUUUCAACAUUCAUAUUUAGUAUUCCAUUACCAUUUCAUUAUUUUAUUAUGAUUUUGCUUUAUACAAACAGCGAAGCACCAAUGUAUUCCAAGAUUUCUCAAGCAAACGUUUUAGCCUUUUAGCACACUUUGUAGAAUGCAAAUUGAGAAAAUUGUAAUGGUGAAAAUUGUAAAUUUGAUAAAUACUACACGUAUCAUUGAUAGCCUUUGGUCAGUACAUUGUAUAUUAUCAUCAUGCGUCAUUCAAUUCAUUAACGUCAUACUAUUAUUAGUAAAUUACUUGUAUUUUCGUAUUACAUGUAUUUUGAGCGGUUUUUCAAAUUCAAUGAUUUUUUUUUUCAUUUAAGUGAAAGGCCAUACUUUUAUAAUUUCAGGAGAAGAAUGUGAAUGGAAAAAAUAGUGAAAUCAAAGAAAGAGAAAGUUUCCUGUAAAUGUUGCCUAGAGAGGCGGGGCACUCAUCGAGAAUGUUGCCAUGACACCUGUAAACAAUCACGAAGAGUUUGAAAUGGUGCAAAAUAUGACUAAAUAGCAUAACUUUAUCAACUAUGUGUUCUCUGAAUAAAAUUCAUUAUUAUGUAUGUGAAACAGAAUACCUUUUUAAUAAAAACGAAUAAUGAUCUAA